GUCUCAAUCAGGGGGAAGUAUCUUCCUAUCAAGUAGGUUUUUACUCCAACUCUUCCGGGAGCUUCUUAGGCUAACAUGGAAGAUUCACAGCAUUUCCUUUCUCACAUCAAACUUAGCAGAUAAAAAGGAGCCUCCUUCCCAGAUCACAUGGCUUUGCAGUGAGGUGUCUAAUGGCCUUCCAGAGAGGACUGUCCGUGUGAGCACAGAAUCUUAACAAGAGCAGGCAUUUGAGGGGAGAGAAGCGAUUCACACAGUAUGGCUUCAAGCAUUGAUAAUAGUAUAGAUGAAAGACUGGCUGACAUUAAACAAGAGGACUGUAAGGGGGAAACACCAGAGGAUUUGGGUGUGAAGGUGGAGGAUUCUAAAGGAGGACUUUCAGUUUUUAAAGAGAAAGAGUGCCAGGGGGAGACUGUUGAAGUGAAAGUAGAUGAUUUGGAAGAACUCUCAGUUAGUCUUGAAGUGCAAAACUUUGAAAACAAGAAUAUUUUCAAACAAGAGAUUGUUGAAGAGUCACCUUCCAGUUUACCGCAUUGGUUCACUAACACGGGACAACUGGCUUCCCAGCAGAAUUCCGUAGAAGUGAAAUCUGAGUUUGAAGAGAAAAUUAGAGACGGAAAUGGGAGAGAAGAAGAGCAGCAGCCAUCUACAAGUACUGAAAUAAAUUUCUUGGGGAAUGACAGCUUUUCUGUGUCUUCGUUUGCUCAGCCCUCACUUCAGAGCAAACUGCAUCACCAACAUGACAAGGAGGAGAUGAAGAUAUCAGCAAGAGGAUCUGAGAAUUUGACAGCAGGCUCUUUCCAGUGUAGUUUUCUUCCUGCUGCCAAAAAGACACGGAGAAAAUCUGUCCACACUGAUCAGAAAGAAGUGCAUAAUACAGACCAAGAGGUGUUAUAUGACAGCCAGGAUUGUGCAAAAACUUUUGAAAACAAAUCUGACUUUGAAGGUAAGUCAGUCCAUACAAUUCAGAAACCAUAUGCCUGUUCUGAAUGUGGCAAGCAUUUUUCACACAGAAGUAGUCUUCACGCACAUAAAAAAAUUCACACUGGAGAAAAACCCCACUGCUGUCCCGAGUGUGGCAAACGAUUCCCCAGUAAACGUGCUCUUAAGCGGCAUACCCGUGUUCACACUGGAGAGAAACCAUACAGCUGUGCUGAAUGCGGUAAAAAAUUUUCUCAUAACAGCGGUCUUCACAAGCAUUCAAAAAUUCAUACCGGAGAAAAACCGUAUUGCUGUUCUGAAUGUGGUAAAACAUUUUCAGUUUUAAGUAAUUUUUAUAAUCAUUUGAGAAUUCACAGUGGGGAGAAACCUUAUUGUUGUAAUGAAUGUGGCAAACGCUUCAUACAAGGAAGUGGCCUACGGAGGCACAUCAGAAUUCACACUGGAGAGAAACCUCACUGUUGUUCAGAAUGUGGCAAACGAUUCUCUGAUGGUAGCGCACUUCAGAGGCACACACGCAUUCACACUGGCGAAAGACCAUAUUUCUGUUUUGGAUGUGGUAAAGGAUUCACUGACAGUAGCUCCCUUCGGUAUCAUAAACAAAUUCACACUGGAGAAAAGCCAUAUGUGUGUUCUAAAUGUGCUAAAGGAUUUACUGAUAGUAGCUCUCUUCAGAAGCAUUCAAGAAUUCACACUGAAGAAAAUCCAUACUGCUGUUCAGAAUGUGGUAAACAGUGUACUAAUCGUGGCAGUCUACAAAUACAUAUGAGAGUUCAUACUGGAGAAAGACCAUGUUCUUGUUCUGAAUGUGGCAAACAUUUCUUUGACCGUAGCACUCUUCAGCGGCACAAAAGAAUUCAUACUGGAGAGAAACCUUAUUACUGUUCUGAAUGUGGGAAACUAUUCUCUAACCGUAGCUCUCUUCUGCGACACACGAAAAUUCAUUCUGGAGAGAAGCCAUAUUGCUGUUCUGAGUGUGGAAAACAAUUUUCAGAAAGAAGCAGCCUUAACUACCACUCAAACAUUCACACUAGAGAGAAAAGAAUUAGAAGAGCAGACAAUCUCGAGGGAGAGAAGAGUUUCACACAGAACAUGGCCUCAGCCAAAGAGGAUAGCGGGGAUCAAAGACUGGCGCACAUUAAACAAGAGGACCGUGAGUGGGGUGCAACAAAGGAUUUAUGCUUGAAGCUGGAUGACUGUGAAGGAAGAAGUUUAGUUUUUAAAGAGGAGGAGUGCAAGGGACAGGUUGUUGAAGUUAAAGUGGAGGAUCUGGAAGAUUUCUCCGUUAGUCUUGAACUGCGAAACCUUGAAAGUGGGGAUAUUUUUAAACAAGAGGUUUGUGAAGAAUCUCAUUCCGGCUUACAGCAUUGGGUCUUGAACACGGGCCAAUUGGCUACCCGGCAGAAUUCUGCGGAACUGAAAUCUGAGUUACUAGAGUCAGAAGAGAAAAUUACUGAAGGAGAUGGGAGAGAAGUAGAGGAGCAGCAGUCAUCUGAGAGUGUUGGAAUAAGUAUCCAAGACAACUCCAGUUUCUCUACAUCUUCAUUUGCUCAGAGCCAUGCAAGCUUUCACACUGGAGACAAGCCAUAUUGUUGUUCAGAAUGUGGUAAGCAAUGUGCUAACAGUACCAGCCUCCAAAGGCAUACACGAGUUCAUACUGGAGAAAGGCCAUUUACUUGUUCUGAAUGUGGCAAACGAUUCUCUGACCGCAACACUCUUCAGCGGCACACAAGAAUUCAUACCGGAGAGAAACCUUAUUGCUGCUCUGAGUGUGGCAAACGAUUCUCUUACAGUAACUCUCUUCAGAAGCACAGAAGAACCCAUACAGGAGAGAAGCCAUAUGUCUGUUCUGAAUGUGGCAAACGGUUCACUGAAAGUAGCACACUUCAGAGCCACGCCAGAGUUCACACAGGGGAGAAAACGUAUUUCUGUUUUGAAUGUGGCAAACGAUUUUCUUUUCAUAGCAAUCUCCAAAGACAUAUGCGCAUUCAUACUGGAGAAAGACCAUGCACUUGUUCAGAAUGUGGCAAACAAUUCUUCGAUCGUGGCCAUCUUCAGCGGCACACAAAAAUUCAUACUGGAGAGAAACCCUAUUGCUGUUCUGAAUGUGGCAAACGUUUCUCUUAUAGUAGCUCUCUUCAGUCACACAGACGAAUUCAUACCGGAGAGAAACCGUAUUGUUGUCCUGAAUGUGGUAAACGAUUUUCACAAAGGAGCAGCCUUCACUGCCAUUCCAAAAGUCAUACUGGGGAGAAAAGAAUCUAAGAUGAGAUAGCUGUUGAGGGGUGGGGACUGAAACUGUGCUGAGGUGAGCAGGUCUCCUCACUAGAAGCUUCCAGGAUUUCACACUGUACAGAAUGCAAGGAGAGGCAUCAUUAGGAGAAACCGAGGUGCUACAGCAAAGCUUCACUGCACAUUUACAGAAAUAAAAGUUAUAGUACUGCCGCAUAAAUGUCCUAACUACAAGUAUGACUGUUAGCAGACAAAAGCUAUUGUUAGAAGUUUAACCUGAGAUAAUUCUCGUUGGUAUUCUAAAUGUGGGGUAAAGAUUCUUACAGAAAGGUACAAUUCAACAACACAUGAGAUUUCAUACCGGACAGAAACUGGGCUCAGAACACCUCUGUGUUUUUUUUUUUUCUCCAUAGUUCAACAAAUACCUAAUGGUCAGAUAUUGUUUGGUUCCAUUGUUGUUUUGAACUACCUCCUUUCCCUGUCCGUUUAAAUGAGUCUGUGCCAUUAUGUGUACUGUGUAAUUAGUAAAAUCUGUUUGGCAUUUUACAUGCAGAUUCAUCACAGCAGUCUGCACCUGCACUCAGUGAACAGAUUUACACAAAAAAAGUGUAAUUGAACUGAAAACCUUGUUCCUAAAUGAGGUAAACGAUUCUCAAAAAGCUAUGGCCUUCUUAGCCAUGAAAAAAUUUAUACUGGUGAGAAACCUCAGAGGUGUUCAGACUGUGGGAAACACUUGUCAAAGCAACCUUAAUAGUCAUCGGCGAAUUCACAAUGAACAGGUUCAAAAAAUAAAAUAACAAAAGGUGCACAAAUUUUCCAAAUGUGGAAUAGAAUCCCCCAAAUUCUACUGAAAGGUCCAGUAGAUAAAAGUUAAAAAAAAAUUAUAAUAAAGUUUAAAGUGUUGAAAGCCUUUGUGCUCAAAUAAAUAAUGUUAAAUAUUUUUGUGAUAUGCAGGUUGGGUGAACUCAUUUCUGAUGAGUGGUUUGGUAUAAGUUGGUGGCUUUUACGAUUAAUGCAAUUGCCCGUUGUCGUCGUGUUAUUAUUUGACCUCAUCACUGGCUCAGAUUUGUCCCUGUCCCAACUCUUUUUGGAAUGUGUUGUAGGCGUGAAAUGCAAGAAUGGAUGUAUGUUAACAAAUGAAAUGAAUUUGACCAGACAAAGUAUGACAUUUCUUGGGGGUCAUA